UACACUAUUUCUUGACUAUUUUAGUUUUAGAAAUGAUCCAGUAACCUACUACUAUAGAUGAUAAAGAUGCAGUCCAUUAACCCCACCACCUGAAAUGCACACACACAUGCUUAUUUGAUAGACUGUGAACAUUAUUCACUAUUUUUGUUUUAAGUCAGUGUUCAGGGUAGCUUGGUGUCUUUCAUCAAUUUGGAAAUUUUUCAGCCACAAAUAUUCUGAAACUUUCCUCUUUUUCUAAGAUUACAAUUAUAUACAUAAUUGACACUGUUUUAUAUGUCACUUAUGCUUUAAUUCUCUCUUUAAUUCUCUAAUCUCCUGUUAAGCCUCAGCCACUCAAGUAGCUGGGAUUAUAGGCACGCACUACCAUGCACAGCCAAUUUUUGUAUUUCUGGUAGAGGUGGAGUUUUGCCAUGUUGUCCUUGCCAUGCUAUGUAGGCUGGUCUUGAGCUCCUGGCCUCAAGUGAUCCACCGGCCUUGGCCUCCCAAAGUGCUGGGAUUAUAAGUGUGAGCCACCGCACCCAGCCAGGUUUUCUUAGGUUUUAUCUAAUGUUUUUUUUUCUGUGCCAGGAUUCUAUCUAGGAAAUUACAUUACAUUUAGUAGUCAUAUUUCCUAAGACUCCUCUUAGCUGUGAUAGUUUUUCAUACUUUGCUUAUUGAUGACCUUGUCAGCUUUGAGGAAUACUCAGUUAUUUUGUAGAAUGUCUCAAAUCUGAUGUUUUUUCAUGAUUAGACUAGGGUACUGUGUUUUGGGGAGGAAGAUUGCAGAGGUAAAGUUCCUUUUUCAUCACAUGAAAUCAGGGGUGCACACUAUAAACAUGAUUUAUUACUGUUGAUGUUAAUAGAUGUUAAUUAACUUUGAGAUAGUGUUUGUCAGGUUUCUCUAUAAUAAGGUUACUCUUUUUUCCCUCACUUUUCCAUACUGUACUGUUUGUAAGGAAGUCACUAUGCACAACCUAUACUCCAUAAGUGGGAAAUUAUGUUCUACCUCCUUAAGGGCAAACAUAAAUCAUUUGAAAAAUCUUCUAAAUGAGAUAUUUGCCUAUUUUCCUCAUUUAUUUAUUUAGUCUUAAUUUAGUCUCUUAUUCAGUAUUAAUCCUCCUGGAAAUUUCAAAAAUUAUCUAACACCUUGCAAUAAAUGGUGUUUUCCUUAAAAAGAAAAAAGAAUUACAAGCUCUUCAGAUGCUAUCCAUUGGGAUUUACUUCAUUGGUUAUAGCAUUAUCAGUUAAAAAAAUCACUACAUAUACAUGCAUACAUAUAUAUAAAGUUAUUCUAUAGGUAUUGGUAAAAUUCUGGUAGUAUAUGUACUAGAUUAUUAACCAUAAGUACCAGGAUCAAAAGCAGUUUUUUCUGUGGGAACAGCCAAAGCUCCUCUGUCCUUAAUAGUCACCAAAAUUAUCCUAAAUAUCGGAAAGAAUGUGAGCACCUUUUGCUUGCAUUGAGGACUUCAUCUUAUUUUAUAAGAAUAUGUGAAAUGAUGGUUCUUAGUUCUCGACUCACUAGAAGGUGAAAACUAGAGUUCAGGGCCGGGCGCGGUGGCUCACGCUUGUAAUCCCAGCACUUUGGGAGGCCGAGGCGGGCGGAUCACAAGGUCAGGAGAUCGAGACCACGGUGAAACCCCGUCUCUACUAAAAAUACAAAAAAAUUAGCUGGGCGUGGUGGCGGGCGCCUGUAGUCCCAGCUACUCGGAGAGGCUGAGGCAGGAGAAUGGCGUGAACCCGGGAGGCGGAGCUUGCAGUGAGCCGAGAUUGCGCCACUGCACUACAGCCUGGGCGACAGAGCGAGACUCUGCCUCAAAAAAAAAAAAAAAACGAGUUCAGGAAAACUGUGAGUACACAGAGAAACUUAAACAAUUUUGUAAUUCUUUUAUAUGAAAAAUAUAUUAAACAUUUUCCUAAAGGUAUGUAUAUCUUCUAAAGUCCCAUACAUUGAAUAUCUGUUUAAAAUUUGCUUUUAAACACUAAUCUUUAGAACAAAGAUAUGAUACAGAGAUUACUGUUUAAAGCGAAUUAAAAUGUGCUCAUAAUCUUGUCUUUAGUUAUACUUUUGAUAACUUUGCAAAUCAGGCACUAAGAUUAAGAAGAUAUUCAUUUUCAACGGAAGUAAAUCUGAAGGUGAAAAAUGCCCACAAUAACUUUUAAAAUUGCUUACAAGCUGCUGGUGAUUAUAACUGGUCAUUAAUUUUUCUCUAAGAAUAUUUAAAAGUUAUAACUUCAAUUUCAUUUUGUUCUGCAACUGUGGGUUCUACCAGCCGUGGGUGGAAAACACAGUAUUCACUGAUGCAGACAUAAUAAAAUUGCAUUCUUAAACAUAUUUUUAUUAUUUAAGAAAAAAAAAUCAGCUACAUUAGUUCAAUGCCUUUCUCCAGCCCCUGCCAAUAAAACUUGGAUCCCAUGGAGUAUCAUUUGAAAAAUAUCAAUUUAGAUAUUCCUUUUAUGCUUUUGAAGAUUCAACAUAGGUAUGUGUUCUUCCUUGACGCCCUCUUCACUGCCUUGUAGUUAGUUAUGCACCCAUAUUUCCCUAUGUUUGGAAUCGAUUGGCACCAUUGUACCCAAUGCAGUUAAACACUUCCAUAAGUACUGUUUUGGCUUGGAUCUUCCUAUUUAUGUUUUUUCUCUUCUAUGAGUCAUUUCUCACCUAAAGUAGAGACAUCUUGGAUCAACUCAGAGUUAUCUUUGGACAUAAGCAUUGGUUGGUUAAGAAUAUAUUUGUCACUUCAGGACUUAGUGACAUUCAAGGAUGUGGCAAUAGAUUUUUCCCAGGAAGAAUGGCAAUGGAUGAACCCUGCUCAGAAGCGUUUAUACAGGAGUAUGAUGUUGGAGAACUAUCAGAGCCUGGUAUCACUUGGUCUUUGCAUUUCUAAGCCAUAUGUGAUCUCCUUAUUGGAGCAAGGGAGAGAGCCUUGGGAGAUGACGAGUGAGAUGACAAGAAGCCCAUUCUCAGAUUGGGAAUCUAUAUAUGUGACACAGGAAUUACCUCUGAAGCAGUUCAUGUAUGAUGAUGCAUGCAUGGAGGGAAUUACAAGCUAUGGACUUGAGUGUUCCGCUUUUGAAGAAAAUUGGAAAUGGGAAGACCUUUUUGAGAAGCAGAUGGGAAGUCACGAGAUGUUUAGCAAGAAAGAAACAAUCACUCAUAAAGAAACCAUCACUAAGGAAACAGAAUUCAAAUAUACUAAAUUUGGGAAAUGUAUCCAUCUGGAAAACAUAGAAGAGAAUAUUUAUAAUCACACAUCAGAUAAAAAAAGCUUCUCCAAAAAUUCUAUGGUAAUAAAACACAAGAAAGUCUAUGUAGGAAAGAAGCUUUUUAAAUGUAAUGAAUGUGACAAAACCUUCACCCAUAGCUCAUCCCUUACUGUUCAUUUUAGAAUUCAUACUGGUGAAAAACCAUAUGCAUGUGAGGAAUGUGGAAAAGCGUUCAAGCAAAGGCAACACCUUGCUCAACAUCACAGAACACAUACUGGAGAGAAACUCUUUGAAUGUAAAGAAUGUAGGAAAGCCUUUAAACAAAGUGAACACCUUAUUCAACAUCAAAGAAUUCAUACUGGAGAAAAACCAUAUAAAUGUAAGGAAUGUAGAAAAGCCUUCAGACAGCCUGCACACCUUGCUCAGCAUCAGAGAAUUCAUACUGGAGAGAAACCCUAUGAAUGUAAAGAAUGUGGCAAAGCCUUCAGUGAUGGCUCGUCUUUUGCUCGACAUCAGAGAUGUCACACUGGCAAAAGACCCUAUGAAUGUAUUGAGUGUGGGAAGGCUUUUAGGUAUAACACAUCUUUUAUUCGUCACUGGAGGAGUUAUCAUACUGGAGAGAAGCCUUUUAAUUGCAUUGAUUGUGGGAAAGCCUUCAGUGUUCACAUAGGACUUAUCCUGCAUAGGAGAAUUCAUACAGGAGAGAAACCUUACAAAUGUGAUGUGUGUGGAAAAACCUUCAGCUCUGGUUCAUCCCGUACUGUACAUCAGAGAAUUCAUACAGGAGAGAAACCUUAUGAAUGUGAUAUAUGUGGGAAAGAUUUUAGCCAUCAUGCAUCACUCACUCAGCAUCAAAGAGUACAUUCUGGAGAGAAACCUUAUGAAUGCAAGGAAUGUGGGAAAGCCUUUAGGCAGAAUGUACACCUUGUUAGUCAUUUGAGAAUUCAUACUGGUGAAAAACCCUAUGAAUGUAAAGAAUGUGGAAAAGCUUUUAGAAUCAGUUCACAGCUGGCUACUCAUCAGAGAAUUCAUACUGGAGAGAAGCCUUAUGAAUGUAUUGAAUGUGGAAAUGCUUUCAAACAGAGAUCACACCUUGCCCAACAUCAGAAAACUCAUACAGGAGAGAAACCUUAUGAGUGUAAUGAAUGCGGGAAAGCCUUCAGCCAAACUUCCAAUCUUACUCAACAUCAAAGAAUUCAUACUGGAGAGAAACCCUAUAAAUGUACUGAAUGUGGAAAGGCUUUUAGUGAUAGCUCAUCCUGUGCUCAGCAUCAAAGACUCCACACUGGCCAAAGGCCCUAUCAGUGUUUUGAAUGUGGGAAGGCAUUCAGAAGAAAGUUAUCCUUAAUUUGUCAUCAAAGAAGUCAUACUGGAGAAGAACCUUAAGAAUGUAGUGCAUGUGGCCAAGCCUUUAAUUAUCGUGAAUCCCCUACUGUUAAUCAGAGAUGUCCCACUGGUUAGAAAACAUAUAAAUAUAAGAAAUGUAGAAAAACCUUCAGCCAGGAGGCUGGCAAGAUGGCCGAAUAGGAACAGCUCUGAUCUGCAGUUCCCAGUGAGAUCAACACAGAAGGUGGGUGAUUUCUGUAUUUCCAACUGAGGUACCCGGCUCAUCUCAUUGGGACUGGUUAGACAGUGGGUGCAGCCCAUGGAGGGUGAGCUGAAGCAGGGCGGGGCAUAACCUCACCUGGGAAGUGCAAGGAGUCAGGUAUCUCCCUCCCCUAGCCAAGGGAAGCCAUGAGGGACCGUGCCAUGAGGAAUGGUGCACUCCGGCGCAGAUACUACACUUUUCCCAUGGUCUUCGCAACCCAUAGACCAAGAGAUUCCCUUGGGUGCCUAUGCCACCAAGGCCCUGGGUUUCAAGCACAAAACUGGGCGGCAAUUUGGGCAGACACCAAGCUAGCUGUGGGAGUUUUUUUGAUACCCCAGUGGCACCUGGAAUGCUAGUGAAAGAGAACCGCUUACUCCUUUGUUAUGGGGGCUGAAGCCGGGGAGCCAAGUGGCUGAACUAAGUGGUUCCCAUGCCCACUGAGCCCAGCAAGCUAAGAUCCACUGGCUUGGAAUUCUCUCUGCCAGCACAGCAGUCUGAAGUCGACCUGGGAUGAUCAAGCUUGGUGGGGGGAGGGGUGUCCACCACUACCGAAGCUUGAGUAGGUGGUUUUCCUCUCACAGCAUAAACAAAGCCGUGGGGAAGUUCCAGCUGAGCAGAGCCCUCCACAGCUCAGCAAAGCCUCUGUGGCCAGACGGCAUCUCUAGAUUCCUCCUCUCUGGGCAGUGCUUCUUUGAAAAAAGUGCAGAUAAAGCCCUCAUCUCCCUGGGACAGAGCACGUGGGGGAAAGGGGUGGCUGUGGGCAUAGCUUCAGCAGACUUAAACGUUCCUGCUCGCCAGCUCUGAAGAGAGCAGCAGUUCUUCCAGCACAGCGCUUGAGCUCUGCUAAGGGACAGACUGCCUCCUCAAGUGGGUCCCUGACCCCCGUGCCUCCUGACGGGGAGACACUUCCCAGCAGGGGUCCACAGACACCUCAUACAGGAGAGCUCUGGCUGGCAUCUGGGACAAGGCUUCCAGAGGAAGGAACAGGCAGCAAUCUUUGCUGUUCUGCAGCCUCCACUGGUGAUACCCGGGCAAACAGGGUCUGGAGUGGACCUCCAGCAAACUCCAGCAGACCUGCAGCCGGGGGGCCUCACUGUUAGAAGGAAAAUUAACAGGAAUAUAAUCAACAUCAACAAAAGGACAUCCACACAGAAACCCCAUCUGAAGGUCACCAGCAUCAAAGACCAAAGGUAGAUAAAUUCACGAAGAUGAGGAGAAACUAGUGCAAAAAGCCUGAAAAUUCCAAAAACCAGAAUGUCUCUUUUCCUCCAAAGGAUCACAACUCCUUGCCAGCAAGGGAAAAUGGAUAGAGAAUGAGUUUGACAAAUUGACAGAAGUAGGCUUCGGAAGGUGGGUAAUAACAAACUCCUCUGAGCUAAAGGAGCAUGUUCUAACCCAAUGCAAGGAAGCUAAGAACCUUGAAAAAAGGUUAGAGGAAUUGCUAACUAGAAUAACCAGUUUAGAGAAGAACAUACAUGACCUGAUGGAGCUGAAAAACACAGCAUGAGAACUUCGUGAAGCAUACACAAGAAAAACCUUCAGCCAGACUGAAUGCCUUACAUGGAAGAAUUCAUACUGCAGAGAGGUCUUAACAAUGUAAAGAAUGUGCAAAUGUCCUCAGACAAGAUGCACACCUUGCUCAUCAGUGAGUUCAUUUCAGGCAGCCAGCUCUUCCUCACCCACUACAUCACCAAGUCCUGUGGAUAUAUCUGCUAAAUAUUUUUGGAAUUUAUCCACUUCUUUUGAUUCCCCAGUCCAAAACACAGUCAUUUCACCUGGACUAUUUGAAUCAUUACACAGGUGUCCAACCUUUUGUCUUCCCUGGGCUACAUUGGAAGAAGAAAAAUUGUCUUGUGCCACACAUACAAUACACUAACAUUAACAAUAGCUGAUGAGCUAAGAAAAAAAAAAGUCCAUGCAUAGUUUUAGUGAUACGCCACCUCAGAUAAGCAAGAAAGUCCUCACAUUCAAUGGGUUGCAUACCUGUGAAUUCUAAAACUUCAUCGUCUUUUGUCCCUUUCGAGUUUACAGCCACAGUGACCUUUCAAAAAUGCAAAUUAAGUUACUCUCUUAAAACUCUAGUUAAAAUACUUGAUGUACAUAAAGUGCUUAGCAAAAUGACCAACUCAUACUAAGUGCUUAGUAAAUGUUAGAUAAGUAUUCUUCAGAGUUGAUGUAAAUUAUUUUUAAACAGCGUAUUCUUGAAAGCAGUAUGGCAGUCGUAAAAAUUUUGGAACCAAAACAGUAUCUUUUUUAAAACCAAAAAAAGUUUUAAAUGCUGUCUUGCUCUGUUGCCCAGGGUGGUCUCAAACUCCUGUGCUCAAGUGACCCUCCCAACUCAUUCUCAAGUGGCUGCGAUUACAGGCAACCAGCCUGACUUAAAACAAUAUCUUAAGGUAGAUGGUGAUUAGCACAUGUAGUAUGCUUAACAUUUAAUAUUAUAAUCAAACAUCACAGUGGCUCUCAUGAUUAAGGCUGUGUUCCCUUGUUGGUGAGGAAAUUAAUUAUGACUUGAUACAUAGAACAUGUUUUAAGAAGUGGCUAUAUAGCUGUGGAUAAAACGAACAAAAGAAUUAGAAUUCCUGGGGAGAAUAUAUACAAGACUGUAUUUAGUCAAGUAAAAAAAAAAAUCACUAAUGUUUAACUGAAGAAAGAGAAAUUGAAUAAUAUAGUUCUAUUUCAACAUGUGGGUUCACAGAUUUAUUCUAACCUUCCAAGGAUCCACUAGUAAAGUUGUUCUGGAGUAUAUUUUAAAAAAAACCACUUAAAAUGUUCCACUUCUUUCAUGAGGCUAAGUCAACUCUGAUAUCAAACCAAGGGGAAAGAAAUGAAAUUAUAGGUGAGUUUACUUAGUUAUAUACAAAAGGAAAUUAUUAGCCUCUGCUGAUGGAGAACAGAGGCUGUGAAUAAAUGGAGAUCCAUAACAUGAUCCUACAUGAAUGUUUCAAUAUUGUAAUCCUGUAAGUUACUUUUACAUUGACAGUUCUGAAAUUCAUGUUGAGUGUUAAUUAGGCAGGAAUCAGAAGGGAGGUUUUGUAGAAGGUCGUAUCCCAUGGGUUUUUUAUAUUUGAAAAGUGUUUUCGAUGUAUUAUGGGGGGGAGAUUAAAUGUCUUUGACAGUUAUCCAACUAGAAAUAAAGUCAGCAUCCCAUUUGACUCCUUACACAGAA